AUGCAAAAUAAUCGUCUUGAUAAACGAGAUUGUGAACAAGAAUCUUUAACACGAAUUGCUAUAGUAAAUAACGAUCGAUGUAAACCUAAAAAAUGUAAUCAAGAAUGUAGACGAUCAUGUCCAGUUAAUAGAACAGGAAAAUUGUGUAUUGAAGUAAAACCUGAAUCAACUAAUUCUAAUAUAUCAGAAGAAUUAUGUAUUGGUUGUGGUAUAUGUGUGAGGCAAUGUCCAUUCGAUGCAAUAAGUAUUAUUAAUUUACCAAGUAAUCUUGAUAAAGAUACAACUCAUCGCUAUGGAUUGAAUUCAUUUAAAUUACAUCGUUUACCAAUACCACGACAAGGUCAAGUUUUAGGUCUUGUUGGCUCAAAUGGUACAGGUAAAACAACAGCAUUAAAAGUUUUAGCUGGAAAUUUAAAACCCAAUUUGGGUAGAUAUUCGACAUCACUGGAUUGGCAAGAAAUAAUAAAAUAUUUUCGUGGUAGUGAAUUACAAAGUUACUUUACAAAAAUUCUAGAAGAAAAUCUUAAAACUGUAUUCAAAAGACAGGAUGUCGAUCGAAUUCCACAACUAGUACAAGGUCUUGUACAUAAUGUAUUACAAAGAACAGAUGAACUAAGUGAUCAAAGUGAAAUAUAUGAAUCAUUUGAUUUAUCAAAUGUUCAAAAUCGACAAAUAUCCGAUUUGUCUGGUGGAGAAUUACAAAGAUUUACAUGUGCUAUGGCUUGUAUGCAAAAAGGAGAUAUAUACAUAUUUGAUGAACCAUCAAGUUAUCUUGAUAUUAAACAACGCUUGAAAGCUGCUGUGGCUAUUCGAAACCUUAUUCAAGAAAAUCGAUACAUUAUCGCCGUGGAACAUGAUCUUUCGGUACUUGAUUAUUUGUCGGAUUUUAUUUGUAUUUUAUAUGGUUCGCCUAGUCAUUAUGGUGUUGUAACAAUGCCUUUUUCUGUUCGUGAAGGUAUUAAUAUAUUUUUGGAUGGUUUUAUUCGAACAGAAAAUUUACGUUUUCGCGAUAUUGAGUUAACGUUUAAAGUUGUUGAAACAGCGUCUAAAGAAGAAGUUAGACGUUUAUCAACAUAUUAUUAUCUUGCUAUGAAAAAAAAUCUAGAUUCUUUUGAUUUAUCUGUUGAUGCGGGUUCCUUUACAGAAUCGGAAAUUAUUGUUUUACUUGGAGAAAAUGGAACUGGUAAAACAACUUUGAUUCAAAUGUUAGCUGGUAAAUUAGAACCCGAUAAUGGAGUCAAAAUGCCUCAAAUGAAUGUUUCUUAUAAACCACAAAAGAUUAGUCCGAAGUUUACUAGUACAGUUCGUAAUUUACUUCAUGCGAAAAUUGGUGAAACAAUGUUUCUUCCACAAUUUCAAACGGAUGUUUCACGACCACUUCAAAUCGAUAAAAUAAUUGAUAAUCAAGUUCAAGAUUUAUCUGGUGGUGAAUUACAACGCGUUGCAUUAUGUUUAUGUUUAGGAAAGUCAGCUGAUGUUUAUUUAAUUGAUGAAUCAUCAGCUUUUCUUGAUUCUGAACAACGUUUACAUGCUGCAAGAGCUAUAAAACGAUUUCUUCUUCAUUAUAAAAAAGUAGGCUUUGUUGUUGAACACGAUUUUCUCAUGGCAACAUAUUUGGCUGAUCGUGUUAUUGUUUUUGAUGGAGAACCAUCCAUCAAAACUCAUGCAUCUGAACCACAAGCACUUCUACCAGGUAUGAAUUCAUUUUUAAAACAACUCGAAAUAACAUUUCGACGAGAUCCAAGAAAUGGUCGACCACGUAUUAAUAAGAAAGGAUCUUUUAGAGACAAGGAACAAAAAUCAGCUGGUCAAUAUUUUUUUCUUGAAUGA